AUGGGUGUUCCUGCUUACCCUUUGAAUGUUUUGGCAGAAGAGGAUUGUUUGUGUUUAUUAGCUCAAUAUGCAUUGCGUACAAGAAAUUUUGAUGCCUAUCCAAAUUUGAAAGUAAUUGGCGAGGAUAUAGUGAAAAAGUGUGGACGUUUGCCUUUGGCGGCAAAGACACUAGGAGGCCUUCUGCGCACUAAAAAUAGCCCAAAUGAGUGGAAAACUGUGCUGAAUAGCAAAAUUUGGGAGUUACCCGAGCACAAGAGUGGCAUUCUUCCAGCUCUCAGAUUAAGCUAUCAACAUCUCCCUUCUCAAUUAAAGCAAAUGUUUGCAUACUGUGCUAUUUUUCCAAAGGACUACGAGUUUGACAAGGAUGAGUUAGUUUUGUUAUGGAUGGCAGAAGGAUUUCUACAACAAUCAGAAGGAAUGAAGUACAUGGAAAAGUUUGGUGACAGUUGCUUCAGUGAGCUGUUAUCGAGGUCAUUCAUCCAACAUUCAAGUGGCAAGGAAUCAAAAUUUGUGAUGCAUGACCUUUUGAAUGAUCUAGCUCAAUUUGUUGCAGGAGAAAUAUGUUUCACGUUGGAUGAUAAUAUGGAGACUAAGGAGCAGUGUAAAAUUUCGACAAAAAUUCGCCACUUAUCAUUCAUUCGCCACAAAUACGAGGUCUACAAAAGAAUCAAGGUAUUUCAUGAACUUCAGGGUUUGCGGACUUUCUUACCUGUGCCACUUAAAUCCAAGCAGACAUUCUAUUUAAGUAAUAAUGUUUUGCUCAACUUAUUGCCGAAAUUACGAUGCUUAAGAGUCUUGUCUUUGAGUGGGUACAAUGUCUAUGAGCUACCAGACUCGAUUGGUGAUUUGAAACAUCUUCGAUACCUUAAUUUAUCCAGAACUUUUAUUAAAUGGUUACUUGAAUCAAAAUACUCCAAAAUUAGAAGAAAUGCCCAAGGGAUCAGUAGAUUGACAUGUUUGCAAACAUUGCCAAAGAUUCUUGUUGGCAAAAGUAGUGGAUUUGGACUCGGAGAUUUGAAUGGCCUAUUGUUUCUGAAAGGGAUGCUUUCUAUUGUAGGGUUACAAAAUGUUGUGGAUGUGCGGGUUGCAGAGGAGGCCAAUUUAAGUUGGAAACAGGAUCUUGAUGAGUUGGAAUUUAAAUGGAAAAGUGACAUUGAAGAUUCUCAACAUGAAGGAUUACAGAUCAGUGUACUUGACAUGCUACGACCACAUAGAGAAUUAAAAAGUCUUAUAAUUGAGUUCUACAAGGGCAUCAUCAUGUUUCCUAGAUGGAUUGGGGAUCUGGCAUUCUGUAAAACAGUGCACAUUAGUCUUGAAGGUUGUACAAAAUGCAUGUUUUUACCACCACUUGGUCAACUGCCAUUGCUCAAAAUACUAUACAUAAGAUCCAUGCAUGCUGUGAAAAGUGUGGGUGCGGAGUUCUAUAGCAAUGGUAGCAAUUUGGAGAUUCCAUUUCCAUCACUCGAGAUUCUAUGGUUUGACAAGAUGCCAGAAUGGGAGGAAUGGUCUUUUUCUUACAAUGUUGAUCGUAGAGGACAUUUCCCUUGUCUUCGUAAGCUUACUAUAUGCAAUUGUCCUAAGUUGGCAAGUGUUUCAAAUUUAAGACUUCUCCAUCUUCACAAUUUAGAGAUUGAAGAGUGUGACGAUGCGAUAUUGAAAAGUUUCACUGAAUUACCCUCAUUAACCACAUUGCAAAUUCAGAAUAUUGUGGGACUAACUCAUCUGCAAAAGGAGUUGAUGAAUGGCAUGGUUUCACUUCAAGUUCUUGAGUUUAGAAAUUGUGCCUCAUUGGUGCCUUUGUGGAAGAAUGGAAUUACACCGGAAAACCUAUCCAGUUUGAAACGCCUAGAGGUCUGGGGUUGUCCCGUACUUGUGCACUUGCUAGAAGAAGAUCAAAGGCUACCUUGUAAUCUUGAACGUUUGGAAGUGGGGCUCUUGUCAAAAUCUGGAGAGGUUGCCUUAUGGCCUGAAAAGCCAUACAUCUCUCAAGAAGUAGGAAAUCUUGAACUGCCCAAAGCUUGUGCCUUUUUCAGAGGCUAG